AUGGGAAAUGCGAUGAAUCACUUUGAAAGAUUACUUCGUAAAUCAACUCGACUUUAUUUAUUUUUUUCAAAUAGUUUUUCUGGUCAAACAAUAUCAAGUGAAUCAUUAAUACUUCUAACAAUUCAAUUAAAUAUUCUUCAAUUAAUAAUAAAUUUAACUAUAAAUUCUGAUCGAAUUAUUCUUGCUACAAUGUUAUUAAAUGAUACUAAACAGACAUUAUCAAUAGCAUGA